AUGCGAUUGCUGAAUGCGCGUACUAUUGAGCUGGAGAGCUUUAUUGGUGACUAUCCGUCAUACGCCAUUCUGUCACAUUGCUGGGGCGAGGAUGAGGUCCUUUUCACAGAUCUCUUGGACCUUACAGAGGCGAAGAAGAAGCAAGGAUUCAGCAAGGUCGAGAAGACGUGCGAACAAGCGGUCAAGGAUGGCUUCGACUAUGUCUGGAUUGACACAUGUUGCAUCGACAAGAGCAGCAGUGCUGAGUUGUCCGAGGCCAUCAACUCAAUGUUUGCUUGGUAUAGAAACUCUGACAAAUGCUACGCUUAUCUAGCUGACGUGGAUGGGCUCGGGGAGUUUGCGCAUAGCAAGUGGUUCACUCGAGCUUGGACGUUGCAAGAACUCCUGGCCCCAAGCCAUCUCCAAAACGGCGGCAAAUCGGGCAUGGACUUCUUCUCGCGCCAAUGGGUCAAGCUGGGGAGCAAAUCAGAUCUCAGUACAAGAAUCAGAGAUGUCUGUGGCAUCGAAAAGGCGUAUCUGGAAGGCCAAAAUAUCUACUCAGCAAGUAUUAGUAUGCGCAUGUCCUGGGCUGCUGAACGGCAAGCCACAAGAUCAGAAGACAUUGCUUACAGCUUGUUGGGUAUGUUCGACGUCAACAUGCCCUUGCUGUAUGGCGAGGGUAAGCUGAAG